UUUUUGGCACAGAUCACCCUUGACCUAUAAUGUUUUGUGAAGGCUUGUCACUUUGAGUUUUUAACACACCAAAUUUGUCAAACGCUCUUACGUUGAUUCUGUUUAUAGUAUAUUUUAUGUCAUUACGUUCAUUGCAUGAUGAUGAGCUGGGUCCAGAACAGCUCAACAUAAUUUUUGCCGCGACGUUUUUUGUGUAACAAGACACUGCAUUGGUGCCUAAGCCAUCGUGUGUUCAAGUAUGGAUGACGACCAGGAGCCGAACAGUGCGCUGGAAACGAAUGACUCCUCAGCCAGUGGCGCGCGGCUGGACACAGCAUCAGAGCGGGUUGAAGGUCCGUCCGACCAUGCCCACCUGGCUCCAGCUGCUGACCUGGGCGGGCCGGACUCGGAGCAGCCGGACGCGCCGCCGCAGCCGGCCUCCUCGCCCUCCGACGUUAUCUACGUGGAGCCAACCAUCGACGCCACCGUCUCGGAUGAGGUGGAGCUGGGCGUGACGCGGACGCCGCCGGACUCACCCGGCUCGUAUAGCUCAGUCGAGUCAGUCCAGCUGGAGACGGGCGUGAUACAGACGGCGUCCGAGGUGGUGGAGAGUCCUUUGGAGCACGCCGGAGUGCCAGCAGCCGCCGACCGCGAUGGUCCUGAGUCAAGCGCUUCGCUGAAGGCCCAUCUGUCGGCGCACAGCGGGCCCGCUGUCGACGCGCCGGCCGAGGAACCGGCGGCCGGCGCAGGUGACCUACCGUUGGCGGCCAGCGGCGGUGCACUUAAGGCUGAUUCGUCUCCUCCGAACGUCGACUCAGCGGCCAGUGGCGAGGGACCAAAUGAUGACUCGUCUCCUCCAAACGCGGACUUGGCGACCAGCGGCGAGGGACCAAAUGAUGGGUCGUCUCCUCCAAACGCGGACUCGGCGACCAGCGGCGAGGGACCAAAUGACUCGUCUCCUCCAAACGCGGACUCGGCGGCCGGCGGUGGUUCACUAAAGGCUGAGUCAUCCCCUCUGAGCGUCUACUCGGCAGGCAGUGGUGGGGUGUUAAGUACCGAUUCGUUACCGCUGAACGUGGAUUCGACAGUCAGUAGUGGUACACUAAAGGCGGACACGUCCUCUCGGAAGUUGCUCCCAGCAGCUAGCGGCAAUGUCCAGAAAUCUGGCUCGUCCCUUCUGGGCGUCGCCGAAGCCGCGCGUAGCUUGGCAGCGAGCACCUUGCAAGAAAGCCUGCCGGAGCUAGGAGCCGAGUCGCUGCUGAAAGCCUUCUCGGGGAAGGUGCAGCUGGUGCACGUGCCAACCGCGCUGCUGCAGGCCACCGACUCGGAGGCGCGCGCCAUGAUGGGCCUGCCCGAGCCGCCGGUCGAGCCGACGCUGCUGGAGCGUAUCUGGCGGGAGUCGGUGCAGUUCUACGAUGUGCGCAGCAUUCUCAGUCAGAUCUGGGCGCGGGACGAGACUGUGUUCCACAGCCUGCUGAGCGAGAUCUGGGCGUCGCCAGCCAUGCGCGCCGUGCUCUCGGAGAUCUGGGAGGACGCCGUGGAGAAGGUGGAGCCCAAGAGCGUGCUGAGUGAGAUCUGGGCGGAGCCGCCCGUGCACGUUGACAUUCGCAGCGUGCUGAGCCAGAUCUGGUCCGAGGACAACAAACAGCGGAUCAUGAGCAUACUCAGUGAGAUCUGGAGCACACCGGCCAUGCGCUCGGUCCUGUCUGAGAUCUGGGGCUCGGACGCGCUGCGUUCGAUCCUCAGCGAGAUUUGGUCAACUCCGGUGGAGAUGGUCGACAUCCGCAGCAUUCUGAGUCAAAUCUGGUCCACCGACAACGACGAGCCGCCGCCGCACAGCAUCCUCAGCGAGAUCUGGGCCAGUCCGGCGGUCCAGUCGGUGCUGUCAGAGAUCUGGGGCUCGCCGAAGCUGCGCUCCGUCCUCUCCGAGAUCUGGAAGGAGCCCGUGCACAAGGUGGACAUUCGCAGUGUGCUCAGCCAAAUCUGGUCGUCCGACAACGAUGAGCACGUGCGUAGCAUCCUGAGCGAAAUCUGGGCCAGCCCGGCCGUGCGCUCGGUGCUCUCGCAGAUCUGGCAUGCAGACGAGUGCGCGCCCGUGACUGACACGCACGCCGACUACCGCGUCACCGAGUCCGAGAUCCUGCUGGAGGAGCUGAUCGACAACCUGCAGAAGUCAGUGCCGGACGUGACGGAGGAGAGCCAGCCGGCGGUCGAGCCGCCAGUGGUGCCGAUAGACGCGUCCGAGGAGCGCUCCUACCGCGUGGAGCGGUACAAGGCGGCCUCUGAGGACGCUGACCUGCCCGCCUCGCGACCGCUGACGACAAGAUGGGCCUUUGGUGGAUCGUGUAGGGCCCCGGUCCUUAGCCUCAGCAACGAGAGGAGCAAGUGCAUUGUGUAUGGUGCGGCGCAAAGCGCAGUCAUCUACGAUUUCGAGAACAACACCCAGCGUAUUCUUCAGGGACAUCGUAACUGCGUGUGCGGCCUGGCCGCCUCGCCGAACGGCCGCUGGAUCGCCACUGGCGACAUCGGACCGGACAAUGCGCUCAUUGUAUGGGACGCAGCGGCCGGAGCGCCGCUGCAGAUGCACUUCCCGGAGGCGGCGUUCUCGGGCCCGCUGUCACUGGCCUUCUCCUGCGACGCCCGCUACGUGUUCGGCCUGUGGGGCAGCGUCAGUGGCGCCGACGGCUCGGCGCCGGUCCGCGCCCGCCAGCAGCUGCUCGUCUGGGAUUGGACCAUCGACCAUGCCGAGCCGAAAGUACUGCACCAGUUCGGUGUCGGUCACGGCUUCCACGAGCAUCUGGCUGUCAGCCAGUGGGAGCCAGCCGUGGUCGUCACUACGGCCGCUUGCCGCGUCAUCUUCUUCCAGAUGACGGACGGGCCGCUGGAGCACCACUGCCCGCAGCUGCAGAAUCGAUACUCGGCGGAGUUCAAGUGCAACCCGGGUAACUUCUCGCAGACGGCCUUCUCGACGGAAGAGCCGUACUCGGCCGUCACGGGCACCUCCAAAGGUUAUGUGAUCCUGUGGAGUGACCGUCGGCCGUCGGCGCCCUGCGACCCCGAGCGACUGACGCCCUCCGUCAGGAAGGAGGCGCGCAAGGUGCUCAAGAUCAACGAGUCCCCCAUCACCUGCCUGCGCAUCGUGGACGGCGCCAUCUGCGCGGGCACGGCCGACGGCCAGAUCCGCUUCCUGGACGAGCAGCUGCGGCUGAUGCAGUGGUACCAAGACUUCGAGCUGGCGGCCGUGCGGUGCCUGUCGUUUCACCUGACGGCGCCACGCGGCGCCCGCCGCAACAGCGCCGCCUCGCGCGCCACGCUCGACACCGGCGGCCCGGCGGGAGAGUCGGGACCGUACCCGGCCGACUGCAGUCUGGAGGCGGCCGAGUUCAUCGCUCGCGACAUCGUGGUGACAACGACGGACGGCUUCUGCGGCCUGGUGCACAUCCACUCCUCGAGCUGCAGCAAGAUCGCGCAGUUCCCCGUCGUCACCGUGCGCGCCGUGGACGUUCACAUGACCAAGCCGCAUGUGGUGAUCGGCGCCUACGACGGUAGCGUGAGCGUGUACGACUACGAGCGCAGGCAGCUGGUCGACGAGACUACGCUGCCAGGCAGCAACCGGGUGCACUCGGUGGCGUUUUCGCCAUCAGGUCUGCACCUGGCUGUGGGCAUGCAGAGCGGCGAGCUGGCCGUGCUGGACGGGCUGACGCUGCGGCCCGAGGGCGAGAGGAUCACCCUGAGCAGAGACGCCAUCACACAGUGCCUGUUCUCACCCGACUCGGACCUGCUCGCCACACGGGACGACGACCUGGUGGUGUCGGUGUACCGUCUGACGACCGACGGCCAGCAGUGGGCGACGCUGGGGCGGUACCGGGCGCACCACAAGCCGGUCGUGGACCUGGUGUUCGCGCCGGGCCAGGGCGAGGCGGCGCCGCCCCGUCUGCUCUCGCUCGGCGAGGACCGGGUGCUCGUUGAGUACGACCUGGUCAACAGCACCAAAGAGAAUCCGGUGGUGCUGUGCUGCGACACUUUGGAGCAGUCGGGCAUACCGCUCUGCAUGGUGCUCUAUCCGCCUCUCACCGCCGAAAACUUCAUCCUCAUCGCCAACUCACAGUAUAAGAUGAAGCUGUUCAACGCACACACGCGCAUGUGUCGUCGCGUGGUGCUGGGCCCGCAGUACGGCUCGCCCGUGGAGCGCAUCAAGGUGAUCCCGCGAUUCCUGUCGUGUGACGCCGGGCCCAAACAGGAGCAGCACUCGUACUUGGCGUUCUCCACCAGCGGCCUGCUGGGCCUGCAGAUCCUGCCGCUGGAUGGAAACCCGCGCCGCGCCGCCACCGUCAUCGGUCACCCUAACAAGGUGGAGCAGAUGGCCUGCAGCGCAGACGGCCGCUGGCUCUUCACGUCGGGCGGCGAGGACGGCUGCGUCUUCAUGUGGGAGGUGUACCCCGAGUCCCUGGAGACCAUGUCCCUGCUGGGCGGCUCGGGCAUGACGCCCUUCUACGACCAGCUGCCGGGCGGGAAGGAGGGCGAACUUUACCAGCAGCUGGAGGACCUGGUCUACUACACGGAGCUGGUGUGUCAGGGAGAGGACCUGCUGGACGAGCGUCAGGUCAGCCAGCGCGUGCCGCUGCACUGCGUCACCGACAUCCUGCGCGCCAUCGGCUUCUUCCCCGCCGAGAAGGAGGUCGAGGAUAUGAUCAACGAGGUACGGUACCGGGAGUACGCCGAGACGGGCCAGCUGGUGGAGGAGGUUAACCUGGACGACAUCAUCCAGCUGUACCUCAACCACCGGCCAGUGGUGGCCGUGUCGGCCGACCAGCUGGCCUGGGCGCUGCAGACGCUGGGCCAGGGCGGCCGCUACCAGCACAGCGGCGGCGCCUCGCGCAAGGAGCUGCUGCGCGCCCUGCAGUCCAAGGGUGAACACAUGUCUGAGAAGGAGCUGGCGGGCGUGCUGGCCGAGCUGCUGGACCCGGCGGCCGAUACGCUGCCGCAGGGAGUGCCCCUGGACACUGUGGAACACCAGCUGCCUAGGGCGCUGACCAUGCCCAGCCUGUGUCGCGAUCUGCUGGGCAUGCCGGAGCUACUGAGCCAGGAGACGGCAGGCGCCUCCAGCUGGAGCUCGCCCGCCGACUCGGACGUCUAUAAGUCGGCGUCGCCCCAGUAGACGCUCCGCCUCGCGUCGG